AUGCCAACAUCGAGUCAAGCACAAAUAUUGUCUGUUGUUGACUAUCAAUUACAACAGCCAUCUACUACGACUGAUGUGAAUAAUUCUAUAUCGUUAAUUGUUAAUUCUACCGUAAACUGUAAUAAUCCUAACAAAAAGCAACCUCAUCCACGAUCGCAUGGUGAUACAAACAUUAAUGAUUCUCCAUCGAGAAAAUUUCACAAUGGUAGUCCAUCACCACAGGAAAAACGUCGACAUCAUCAUCAAAAGUCAUCAGGCAAUAGUGAACAUUUUAUCAAUGAAAUUUUUCAGCCAAAUAAUAAUUUAAAUAUUCAACAUAAACAAUCCAACAAUGAAAAUCAAUUGUCCAAUGACAGAGCAAUUAAACGACAAAGUUCAAAAACCGAAGGUACCAAUUCUGCUCGAGUACAAAAAUCCGAUUUAUUACAUCUACCGGUUGUAAAUCUUCAUCUUGAUGAAAAUCUAAAUUCAAACAAUGAGUUUAUACGAAGUGCACAAACUGUUACUGACGGACGUAAAAAUACAAUGGACUUAACAGUAUCAAAUUCAAACUGGCAAAAGAAUUCUGGUUACCCUCAGCAGCAUACUAGUUCACCACCAUUCGAUCUAUUCGAUAAUGAACCUGAUUCUAUGGAACACCAUAAAUCCAGACGAUUAUCAGUGUCAAUUCCUCAGAAUUCUAAACCAACAACGAGAACAACGACGACAACAAGCGGAAAUGAUUCUUCUGAUACCGACAGAGAUGAAAAAAUAGAACAACGUGAACGUCGAUCGAGUUUAUUAAAUGAGAAUGCACGACGUUUGUUAAUAUUAGGCACAAUAAGACCAUCGAAAACAUUUUAUAAUCAUUUUCCAGACGAAGAUAUUGAACAUUUAAUGGAUUAUUUUAAACGAAUAAGAAAUAAAACGACACGAACAUCAGACGAAAUAAAUAGUGAUUUAAAACAAACAUAUGUUGAAUAUAAACCAAAAAUAUUUUUCGAUUCAACUGUUGUAACAAAAACACAAGUAUCAUAUAUCGAAAAAAUAUUUGAACAAUAUGCAGAAAAUAUACGAACGAAAGAAGCUGAAAUAAUCAAAUUAGAUAAUCCUACGCAAUUUGCAAUUAAAAGUUUAACAAAUGAUAAUUUUCUUGCUAAAAUACCAAAAGAAUACAAUGACACAGUAUUGACACUCAUUGCUAAAACUGAUCCAUUAAGAAAAUCUGAGAAAGUCAAUGAACUUAUUAAUGAAAAACUAGUCGAAGAUAUUAAAGCAAAUUCACUCGAUAUAAGUUAUUUUCCUGGUGGUGUCAAUUAUGAUGUACCACGUGAAGAAGUUGAUGAAAAUGGGCGAAUAAAAUCUGAAACCUAUAAGAAGUUAAAACAGCGUCUAAAUGCCAAAAAAGUUUGGUAUUUUAAUGAUGUACCAGAAAAGAAGCCGAAUGCCUUACUGUGUUCAGUACCAAAUGAUUUGAGUUUAAAUCAUACACAGUUACUCGAUUUAUUGUAUGAAAUAUUACAAACAGAUUAUGGUCAUGUUGAUGUUAGUCGUACAAUUUUAUCAUUAGAAUAUGUGGCUAGAAGUGUUAUACUCAAUUCAAUCGAUGUUAAUAAUCAAUGGAUAAUCGAUUGUGAUACCAAAGAGACAAAAAAUCAAUUGAAAGAAAAAGGUUUAAAGAUAAAUUUGGAAAAUAAUCAACGUCAUCCACUCAUCCUCGAACUCAAAAGUUAUGAUGAGGAAAUGCAAAAAGAAUAUGAAAAAUAUUUAAAAUCGGAAAAAUACAGAGAAUUAAUACGUACACAUGAUGAAUCGGUUAAAAAAUCAACCAAAACAUCUUAA